AUGAGUGAAAUUUCUGAAGAAAUAUGUGAUGCUUUUUUACUACAAAAAGGCAAAAACACAGCACAAACAUGCAGAAAAAUUUGUGAAGUUUACGACGCGGAUGCUGCAAAUGAACGCAGGACGCAGGAGUGGUUUGUUCGAUUUAGUUCUGGGAAUUUUGAUGUCAAGAUCGACCUCGUUCUGGUCGGCCAGUCACUGAAAAAGUCGAUGAAAUUGUGCAACUGGUCGAGCAAGACCGGCAUUUUGGAAUCAUUUGAAAAAGAUUAUGCAAAGAAACUCGAUGUUCGGGUGCAACAUAAAUUAACGCAAAGAAAUUUGAUUGAUCGAAUUUCCAUCAGCGAAACACUACUAAAACGCAACGAAAUUAACCCAUUUCUGAAGCAAAUCAUCAUGGGCGAAAAAUGGGUAAAAUACAAGAAUAUCGUUCGUAAAAGAUCAUGGGAUAAGCGCGGCGAACCACCACAAACGAUUUCAAAGCCUGGAUUGACGGCAAAUAAGCAUCCAGAGUGUCUUCCAAUAGCAGUGAAUUUGCGCGAUAAUUUCUAUGGUCCUUUGGGUGUAAGGUGUUUGGAAUUUCUCAGAAGCGGACCAGCUCCUAAGGAGGGCUGUGAAUUUGGCCCGAGAGAACAAUUAUCCCAAGUGACCAGUUAUUUGGAUGCCUCCGUGGUUUACAGUAGUAAUGCCAUGCAUAGUGACAGUCUGAGAAUAUUUCGGAAUGGCUUACUGCAAUACGGAAGAAUACAGGCGCGAAGAUCAUCACUUUUGAAACAUAAAUCGGAUUUAUGCAAACGCGGGUCUUUGUCUACAACUUGUUUCCGAGCUGGUGACGGACGUCUAAGUGAGCAACCUGCUCUUACGUCCCUGCACAUCGUUUUUCUAAGAUUGCACAACAGGAUAGCCACGGAAUUAUCAACCUUAAAUUCUCAUUGGAGCGACGAGAAACUUUUUCAAGAAGCACGAAGAAUCGUUGGCGCAAUAGUCCAACAUAUAACUUAUCGAGAAUUUCUGCCGAUCAUUCUUGGCCCUCAGGUGAUGAAAAUUUUUGAUUUGGAAGUUCAUAAAAAAGAUUACUACAAAGGAUAUGAUCCGACAGUAAAUCCCACCAUUGCAAAUUCAUUUUCUACAGCGGCUUAUCGAUUCGGACACUCACUGAUCCAGCGAAGUUUUAUUAGAUUUGAUAGCGAUCACAGACCCAUUUUUAAUAAUGUUUCGAUUCAUGACGAGUUCACCAAUUCUGCGAAUUUGGACACAGCAGGAUCUGUCGAUCGCCUUCUUCUAGGAUUAAUAAAUCAACCAUGUCAGAGGCGGGACGAGUUCAUAACCGAAGAGAUGACUAAUCAUCUUUUUCAAACGCCUGGUUUUCCAUUCGGCAUGGAUCUUGCUUCUCUCAAUAUUCAGCGGGGUAGAGAUCACGGUUUACCGCCUUACGUCCGAUGGCGUGAGCCUUGCAGCUUGAGUCCGAUAAGAACUUUUGAGGAUCUUAAUAAAGUGAUGUCGCUGGAUGUCAUAAGAAAAUUAAAAUCAUUAUACUCAUCGGUAGAGGAUAUUGACCUCUUCUCGGCUGGUCUAGCAGAAAAAUCAGUAAUUGGCGGUCUAGUUGGUCCGACUUUCGCUUGUAUAAUCGCUCAACAAUUUAAUAAUCUGCGACGUGGCGAUCGAUUCUGGUAUGAAAAUCCUAACAGCGAAAGCAGUUUUACCGCUAAUCAGUUGCAACAGAUCAGACAAGUCACUUUGGCCCAAGUACUGUGCCAAACGAUGGAUGACAUUGAAACCGUACAACCAUUUGUUUUCCUCGCGACGGAUGUAUUGAAGAAUCAACGUCUCUCUUGCGAUGAUUUAGCCAUUGGACAUCUCAACCUUGAAUUCUGGACUGAACAAUUAUCUGAAUUCAAAAGCAACGUCGACAACUCGCAAAAAGUUAAACGAGCGGCGACCGACAUAAGUUUCUCUAUUUCUAGAUUAAAAGAGGAAAACAUCCAUCCUAGGAGAAAAGUUCAUCCCGAAAAUAAUCCCAAACAUAUAAAAAUUACAACUCUAAAAUCUUUCCAAAACAGUGUUAAUCAAGAAAAUAAUAUCAUUGUGAAAAGGCCACUUGUGCGUCCAAAUAACAACAUCACGAACGUGAUCCAAAAUAAUGCCGUAAACGCGCCUGUUUUUGAAAACGAGGGUAUUUACAGUUCAAAUAUUAAAAUCCAGGAACAACUUCCUAUUAGCUCAACUUUUCGACCGCAGGGAAAACCUAUACCGAUGACUAUUCCUCAUUCACUAAAUUUUUAUUUAUCACGUCAACCGUAUGUUCCCUAUACUUUUAACGAUCCCCAUAAUCCGAAUCCAUUAGCCUAUGGAUAUAGAUUGCCUCCUUUCAUAGUCAGAAAUCUAUAUUUACAAAAUAGUGAUUUAAUUAAUGGACUGAAUGAAGAUCAUUUCAUUAAUCUCAAUAAACCACAAUAUCAGGAACAAUAGAAUUUGAAUGAUCAGAAGAAACCUAGCAAGACACCAUAUGAUUAUGACAAUCUUAAUCUGUGUCAGAAAAAGCCGAAUGUUGAAUCACCAAGUUAUAGCAUUGAUAAGUUCCAUCAAACAUUGUUUACUA